AUGGAAUCUGAAGCCUCCCAUCAACACCCAAAGCACAACAAACUCACAAACCAUGACUCAAUCUUGACAAUCCCAGUUCUACCAGCAGAACUCGUUAUUGAAAUCCUCUCAAGGCUUCCUGUGAAGUCCCUCUUGCAAUUCACGUGUGUAUCGAAAUCUUGGCUUGCAUUGAUCUCUAGCCCUGAAUUUAUCAAAACCCAUCUCAGUUUAUCUGCUAAUAACAAGGACUACACCCACCAUAAAGUUAUGAUGAGUUCCUACUCUCGUCUUAUGUCCAAUGUUAAAGCAUGUAGUCUUAGGUCUUUAUUUUAUGAUUCUAUUACCGAGGCUUUUGACUUGGAUUGUCCCUUGAUAUCAUAUGCAAGAUACAUGUGCGAUCAUGUUUCUUUUAUAGGAUCUGUCAAUGGAUUGAUUUGUCUUCUCAUUCAAGUAAAUGAAUAUUUUAUAUGGAAUCCAUCAAUAAGAAAGUACAAGAAAUUGCCUAACACUAGAGUUCCUAUGCGGGUUACUUAUCGAAGUGUAUCUGGUUUUGGAUAUGAUGAGCUCCAUGAUGAUUACAAGGUAGUAGUUAGUUUUUAUUCAAAUUCAACGAAUCCAGAUUGCGAGGUCAUGAUAUAUAGUCUAAAGAGUGAUUCUUGGAGAACUAGGGAUAAUGAUGGUCGAGAGCUAGCAAAUGGUCGAGGGAUGUUUGUGAAUGGGAAACUUCAUUGGACUACUACUAGCGAUGAUUAUUGUUUUAAUCAUAACAGCAAGAACAUCAUUUCUUUUGAUUUGGCUGAUGAGAAAUGGGGAACGGUGGAGGAGCCUUGCUAUGGAGAAGUGGGAGUGUUGGGAAGUGAUUUUUCUAUCUUUAGUGAUUGUAAGGAAACUCAUUUACAUGUUUGGAUUAUGAAAGAGUAUGGGGUUAAAGAAUCUUGGACAAAAAUGUUAACCAUUAAGGGGUUGUUUGGUUGCCGCCUUGUAGGUGGCUUUACAAAUAAAAUGGGACAGGCUUAUUCCCAAGGGCUGGCUCUUGAGGCCCAACACGUUGAAAAUUUAAGCCAUUAG